UUGUUGAUCACCUGUACCCCAGCACGAGAGCUCCAGCUUAAUCAUUCUCUGCUCUCAGAACAUGGAGGAAAACGAUGAUGAAAAAUACAAUCAAGCUGGCCAGAUAUUUGAAAACUUUGUACAGGCAUCAACAUGCAAAGGCACCAUUCAGGCCUUCAAUAUUCUCACUCGCCAACUUGACUUAGAUCCUUUGGACAACAGAAACUUUUACACCAAACUAAAAUCGAGAGUGACCACAUGGAAGGCCAAAGCUUUGUGGAACAAGCUUGAUAAGAGAGCAAGUCACAAAGAGUAUAAACGUGGGAAGUCUUGUAUGAACACUAAGUGUUUAAUUAUUGGAGGUGGCCCCUGUGGCCUGCGGACUGCCAUAGAGCUUGCCUUCCUGGGAGCCAAGGUUGUCGUGGUGGAGAAGCGGGACACUUUCUCCAGGAACAACGUGCUGCACCUCUGGCCCUUUACCAUCCACGACCUUCGGGGACUGGGAGCAAAGAAAUUUUAUGGCAAGUUCUGCGCAGGAUCUAUUGAUCACAUCAGUAUUCGACAGCUUCAACUCAUCCUCUUCAAAGUUGCACUUAUCCUUGGAGUGGAAAUUCACGUGAACCUGGAAUUCGUGAAAGUCCUGGAGCCUCCUGAAGAUCAAGAAAACCAAAAGAUGGGUUGGAGAGCUGAGUUUCUCCCCAUGGAUCACCCUUUGUCAGAGUAUGAAUUUGAUGUUAUCAUUGGUGCAGACGGCCGCAGGAACACGUUGGAAGGCUUCAGGAGGAAGGAAUUUCGUGGGAAGCUGGCUAUAGCAAUCACUGCCAAUUUCAUAAACAGAAAUACAACUGCAGAAGCCAAGGUAGAAGAAAUCAGUGGGGUUGCUUUCAUCUUCAAUCAGAAGUUCUUCCAGGACCUGAAAGAGGAAACGGGGAUUGACCUGGAGAAUAUUGUUUACUAUAAAGACAGCACGCAUUAUUUUGUGAUGACAGCAAAAAAGCAGAGUCUUCUGGACAAAGGAGUGAUUAUUAACGACUCUGUUGACACCGAGCUGCUGCUCUGUGGGGAAAAUGUGAACCAGAGCAAUUUGCUGUCCUACGCCAGAGAAGCUGCUGACUUUGCAACCAACUACCAGCUGCCUUCCUUGGAUUUUGCAAUUAAUCAUUAUGGCCAGCCAGAUGUAGCAAUGUUUGAUUUUACCUCCAUGUAUGCAUCUGAAAACGCUGCACUGGUGAGAGAGAGGCACAGACAUCAGCUCCUGGUGGCUCUUGUUGGAGAUAGUUUGCUUGAGCCCUUCUGGCCCAUGGGCACUGGCUGUGCCAGAGGCUUCCUGGCCGCCUUUGACACGGCGUGGAUGGUGCGGGGCUGGGCGCAGGGGAAGCCCCCGCUGGAGGUCCUGGCUGAACGAGAGAGCAUUUAUCGACUCUUGCCUCAGACAACCCCUGAAAACAUUAAUAAGAACUUUGACCAGUACACCAUUGACCCAGGAACAAGAUACCCAAACUUGAACUCGAGCUGUGUUCGACCUCACCAGGUGAGACAAUUAUAUGUUACCAAUGAGCUACAGCAGUGUCCUCUUGAGAGAGUGAGCUCCAUUCGAAGAUCAGUGAACCUCACAAGACAGGAGUCAGAUAUUCGACCUAACAAGCUUCUGACGUGGUGCCAGAAGCAGACGGAGGGAUACCGAAACGUCAACGUCACUGACCUGACCAGCUCCUGGAAAAGUGGCCUUGCCCUGUGUGCCAUCAUCCAUCGCUUCAGGCCUGACCUCAUUGACUUCGAUGCCCUGAACGAAGAGGACGCGGUGAGGAACAACCAGCUGGCCUUCGACGUGGCCGAGCGGGAGUUCGGCAUCCCGCCGGUGACCACGGGCCAGGAGCUGGGCUCGGCCGGGGAGCCCGACAAGCUCAGCAUGGUGCUCUACCUGUCCAAGUUCUACGAGCUGUUCCGCGGCACGCCGCUGCGCGCAGUCGAUGCUGCUGAGAAGCAAAAUGGAGAAAAUAAUGAUCCUGGUUCACUACAAUCAUCAAAUUUCAUCUUUAAUAAUUAUAUCAAUUUAACUUUACCAAGAAAACGAGUACCAAAGGCUGACGGGAAAACAGAAGAGAAUGAGACGAACAAGAGGCGUCGGAAAGGCCUCUUUGGUGUCUUUGAGCAGACUUCAGGCUUUCCAAGCCAGGGGACAAACAAUGGGAAAGAACAGAGUGAAUGCAGAGAAGGAGUGAACCAGAACAAAGUCAAAUCUAUGGCAACUCAGCUGCUGGCAAAGUUUGAAGAGAAUGCUCCAAAUACAGUUCUGAGGAGACAGGAGCUAACAGAUAGACCAGCCCUGCUCUCCUCUGACCCUCCUGUUAAUCCUCGCUUUGCUAAACCUAUGGAUCCAAGCCUUCUUCCACCUCAACCAAAAAGGCAGUUUCAGGUGGUAGCUAGGAGUGAGCACGAGGUCAGGGAACCCAAACAGUCUUUAAAUGGUUCUGAUCAUAUGGCCAGGAGAGCAAAGACUGUGCACAAAACAGAUCCCCAGCCCAGUCUGUCAGAAACCUCUGAAAAUCUCGCCUCUGCCUGUUCUGCUGCAUUUGUACUUUCUGGAGUGCUUGAGCGUCUUCAGCACCUGGAGGAAAAAAUGAAACAGAAAAGAGCUCAGACCAUAGCAAAUAGGGAAUUCCAUAAAAAGAACAUUAAAGAGAAAGCAGCACAUCUCGCCUCAAUGUUUGGAUACAUGGAGUUUCCAAAGAAUAAGCUACCUACUAAAGGCUUACCCCAUUCUCAGCCCCCAACUCCCUCUUGCCCUCCACCUCAUCAUUCAGCUGUUGCUGCUUCAUCAUCUGUUGGUUCAGCUUCCUCUGCUGUUUCUUCUCAACAGGGUUCUCUGCGAAAAGAAUUCCCCAAGUCCAUCGGGGGCAGUGACAUCUGCUAUUUCUGCAAGAAACGGGUCUAUGUCAUGGAGAGGCUGAGUGCAGAGGGCCACUUCUUUCACAGGGAGUGCUUCAAGUGUGAAAUCUGUUCUACAACACUCCGCUUAGGAAUUUAUGCCUUUGAUGUUGAAGAAGGUAAAUUUUACUGUAAACCUCAUUUUACGCACUGCAAAAUCAGUACGAAACACAGAAAGAGAAGGGCAACAAUACAGAUCCAUGGAAAGGAGGCGAUAGACGCGUGGAAGAAAGCGGAAGCCAAACCCACAGAGAUCACCACAGAAAGCAGUUUGUCCACUGCUAGCAGUCCAGAGGACAGGUCCCCAGGUAUCCUGACUUCCUUCUUAGGGGGCGCGCUAAGCUGGCCCCUGCGGGUGACCAGGGAUCUGCUUGACAUUCCCAGCCGCCUGUCUAACUGGAUGCAUGGUGUCCUGCACGCUACCCACCUCCAUUUCAGGGACAAUGCAUAUAACUAUACCUACCUGUACGAACUCCUGAGCCUUGGGGUGCCGCUCCUCUGCGCUCUCCUAGAGGUACUCGCUCACAUGUACCGGGAAGCAGAGCUAUCACUUGAAAACGUGCUUGAAUGGGUGAAAAGAUUCUCUAGGGUUUGAAUCUUUCCGCGUGUCUUGCUCAGUUGUGCCUUUCGAAUUUUCAAAAUUAACAGCCUGGCUAUUUUCUCGAGGGGAAUUUUUGGUUUGGAGGGCUUUGGUUUUGCUCUUCGUGCAA